AAAAUAGCAAAACACAGCUCUGUCUUUCUAAUAUAUUUGGGGAACUCAUAACCUUUCCAUCACUUUUGCCUAUUAAUUUUCCUUCAGCUCCUGAUUCCUCUUUUUAGCCAGUUUCUGGACAUUAUCAGGUUUUUUGUUAUGAGCUUGGCUUCUCCCACCAUGAUGAACAAAGUUUGCUGGCCUUACUUCGAUCCUGAUUUUGAUAAUCUCCCAGAGAGGAUAUACGGACCCACGUGUAGAGUGUGUAUUGACAAUGAAACCAUGGAAGAUUUCACAGUAGUAAAAGUUGAUAGUGUGAACAAGCAAGGUCUUCUCCUAGAAGUUGUGCAAGUCUUGACAGAAUUGAAUUUGAGCAUCUACAAGAGCUACAUUUCCUCAGAUGCUGGAUGGUUCAUGGAUGUUUUUCAUGUCAAAGACGAACACGGCAACAAACUAGACCAGAGUGUCAUUGACCAUAUCCAUCAGGCAAUAGGUACAACAAGAGAGACACAGAGUCCGGCGAAAGCAAAAACUUACGUGAAUGAUUUUUUCGAUAUCCAUGACCAUUCAAGCGAGCACACCGCCAUUGAAAUGAGUGGCGCCGACCGGCCAGGACUAUUCUCCGAGAUAUUGGCAGCUCUCGUUGAUCUUCACUGCAACAUUGUAGAAGCUCACGCUUGGAGCCAUAACGCUCGCCUUGCUUGCGUAGCCUAUAUUUCCGAUCAAUCCACCGAUAAUCGAAUAGAUGAUCCGCUCCGGCUAGCCACCAUCGAAGACCACCUAACCACUGUGAUCCGUGCCUCAGGGGCUCAUCCGAAUAACCAGGAAGUGAAAUCAGGUGGAAUUGUUGGAGUCGAAGUCACCAUGACUAAUGUAGAAAGGAGAUUACACCAACUACUGCUUUCACUUAGGGAUUUUGAUGGACCGCCGGACUCACCAACGUCAGGAUCCGGAUCAGUAUCGGAAAGUGAAGAAGAAUGGAGGAAAACGGUGGUUUCGAUAGAGAAUUGCGAGGAGAAAGGGUAUUCUAUAGUGAGUAUAGAAUGUAAAGAUAGGCCAAGGCUUAUGUUUGAUACGGUGUGCACGCUUACCGAUAUGCAAUAUGUGAUUUUUCAUGCUUCGAUUGGUUCUCGGGAUGAUUUUGCGUUUCAGGAAUAUUUUAUUCGACAUAUUGAUGGAUACGCAUUAAACACAGAGAGCGAAAAAGAACGAGUAAUAAAAUGCUUAGAAGCUGCUAUAGAGCGACGAGUUUGUGAGGGGUUGAAAUUAGAGUUAUGUGCAGAAAAUCGAGUGGGAUUGUUAUCUGAUAUAACAAGAGUGUUACGAGAGAACGGUCUGACUGUUGUUAGAGCAGACAUAGCAACGCAAGGAGAGAAAGCAGUGAACGCUUUCUAUGUGAAAGACAUGUCAGGCAAUGAAGUUGAUAAGGAAUUUAUCGAGUGUAUGAAGAAGGAAAUGGGUCUAAUAGACCUUGAGGUCAAAAAUGAUAUGAGAUCACCAACUUCUCGAGAAAGAUCUCCUUUUUCUAUUGGAGACAUGUUUAAAUCCCAAAUUGAACGUGUUUCUAAUAAUUUUGUUCCAAUUUAAGUGAAUCUUGUAAAUAUUUUUUCCAAGUAUUUAUAAUUUAGGAAGAUCGUAGAAUCGGUAAAAUAAAAUUUCUUAUAAUAGAUUAGGUUUGUAAAUAAAGUAUUUAGGAUUGUAAAUAAGAUCUUCACAUUUCAAAUGUUAAAGAAAGUGCCUUGUCUUCCGUUGUAAGGAGUUGUGCAGGUGCAAAUAGGUUGUAUAUGAAUUCUUUAUUUUAUUUUAGAUUGUAUAUAAAAAACUAUCACGUUGAAUUUGAUUGUUUCAAU